AUGUCGCACAGCGACCCAGAGGCGCGUCUGUCGCACCUCCCCAAGGCAGACGGAUCCGCGACAUUCUCGUAUGCCGGCUAUACAAUCGUCGGAGCCGUCAACGGGCCAAUCGAGGUUCAGCGACGUGAUGAGCUGCCAGAAGAGGCUGCCAUCGACGUCGUAGUCCGGCCAGCAGCCGGUGUUGGUACCCGCGAACGCCACCUCGAAUCCAUCCUUGAGGCGACUCUGCGCCAGAUCAUUCUCGUCAACAGCUUCCCACGGACGCUCAUCCAGGUCAUCCUCCAGAUCACCGUGGCGCCGGAGAACGAAUACGUCAAUGCCAAGGUCUCCCAGGCCAGUCUGAAUCUGCCAAUGCUUCCGGCGCUUCUCCAGACUGCCGUCCUGUCACUUCUCUCAGCUGGCGUACCACUGACCGCCACCGUCACUCCGGUGUCAUUCAGCAUCAAACAUAGCGGCUCUGAGAUUGUCGUAAACCCCUCUCCGCGCCAGGUCGAAACAGCCAAGAGCUUCCAUGUGUUCGCUUUCACUUCGCACGACGAAUUGAUACUGGCAGAAAGUGAAGGCAGUUUCACGACAAGGCAGUGGGACGACCUUUACAACCAAGCUCGUGCUUACUGCUGCCCUUCCGGCCCCUCUGGCACUGACAUUGACAUGGAUGAUGAGCGCAGCCCCGAUGUCGACUUGAAGAGCUUUGUACGAAGCACCAUGCAGGAAAAGAUAACCGAGGACCUCCACUGGAAGACUCUUGGCUGA